AUGGCCAGUCCAUUAAAGCACAAAGCCGAUAAAAAUGCAGCAUCUACCCUGGUCAAAAAGCAGAAAGUCGUAAUUCCCGAAUAUCACACCACAGCUCAACGGCGCGAUGAUGCCGGGGAAAUCAUCUGGCCGGCGCGGGAAGCGCAGAUUGAACGAGCUAGAGAUAUUAUCAGAGAAUGUGUUAAAGCACAGACACCGGUAGUGAUACUGCCUGAUAAAGAUGCGGAUGGUCUAUCUUCUGGCGCAAUUCUGCACCACACACUUACAUCACUGGGGCUUUCGUCUGAUCUGAUAUCCGUUUAUUUCCCAUCAAAAGGAACUAAUGUACACGACGAUGCCACCAAAGAAGCGCUCACAAAGAUCGCUCCAUCAUAUGUUUUCGUAUUGGACCAAGGGAGUAGAAAUGGGCCCGCACUACUAGACCGACCGCACACAUGCCUGAUAGUCGACCACCACUUUGCAGAAGACGGAGGCUUCCCAGAAGGCGCUGGAUACGUCACUUCCCAUGACUGUCCACCCGUAGCAACAACAUCCCUCCUAAUCUACCACAUCUGCCUGCCUCUUCACCCCGACCUUGGCGACAAGAUCUCAUGGCUCGCCGCAAUGGGCACGCAUGGCGACCUCGGAACGACACUUAAAUGGAAGCCACCAUUCCCCGAUAUGACCGCCACCUUCAAACGCUUCCCCAAGAAAGCCAUCAACGACGCCGUCAGUCUCGUCAACGCCCCUCGCCGGUCCGUAGCCUACAACGUGCGCGACGCCUGGGACGCCGUGCUCUCCGCCUCAGACCCAAAAAGUAUCAAAGCAACAGAGAAACUGCAUGAGGCCUCAUUCGAAGUGCGCCGCGAGACCGAGCGCUGCACACACACCGCGCCCAAGUUCUCCGCCGAUGCGAGCAUUUGCGUCCUGACGAUUAGCUCGGCCGCGCAGAUUCACCCUGUCAUCGCGACCCGCUGGGCGGGACACCUCAAGUCGAAUAAACUCGAGAUCGUGAUGUGCGCUAACGAAGGCUAUCUCCCGGACAAAGUGAAUUUCUCGUGCCGCAUCGCUAGAGUCGCGCGAAGUCGGGAGGGCGAUGAAAAGGUUGACAUCAUCAAGCGUUUGGAAGGCAUUGUGGCGGAGCAUCCGGAGCUGAGAGAGAGGUUGGGUCAGAGCUUUGCGAGGGGGCACAAGGAGGCUAGUGGAGGCAUUGUGGGGAGGAGGGAGUGGGAGGAGUUGAAAGGGAUUAUGGGGCUGGAUGAUAGUAAGACGAAAAAGAAGAAAUUGGAGAAGAGGGGUGGGACAUCGCCGACGAAGAAGAUGCCUGCACAGAAGAAUACGCUCGCGAAUUAUUUUGCGAAGUCAUGA